AUGUUACAGAAGCAAACAACAUUUGUGACGCCCACCGCCAACGGACAACCGCCGCACCUGCCGGUGGGCGGGGCCACGCCGCUCUCCGGUCCCGCCCACCGCCAACGGACAACCGCCGCGCACCUGGAGGUGGGCGGGGCCACGCCGCUCUCCGGUCCCGCCCACCGCCCACGGAAAACCGCCGCACCGCACGCCGCACCUGCCGGUGGGCGGGGCCACGCCGCUCUCCGGUCCCGCCCACCGCCAACGGACAAUCGCCGCACCUGCCGGUGGGCGGGGCCACGCCGCUCUCCGGUCCCGCCGCCCCGCCCCGCCCAGCCCACCGCCGACGGACAACCGCCGCACCUGGCGGUGGGCGGGGCUACGCCGCUCUCCGGUCCCGCCGCCCCGCCCACCGCCGACGGACAACCGCCGCACCUGGCGGUGGGCGGGGCUACGCCGCUCUCCGGUCCCGCCGCCCCGCCCACCGCCGACGGACAACCGCCGCACCUGGCGGUGGGCGGGGCCACGCCGAGUGCGCGCGAUGGCGUCAGGCAGGUGGCGCGCGGGGCGCGGGAGGCUGCGCGAGAGCAGGUGACAGGUCGUCGGCGGCGGCGGCGGGCGGGGAGUCACGGACGAGGCCUGCAGCCCGAGGUGUGCGCCAAGGGAGUCGCCGGCUGCAGUUUAACCGGUCACACGGUGCCCAGGUUCGCCCGCGGCUCCAGAUCCCGAGGAGAAGACGCCCUGGCUGCUAAAGGUCUCCUAUGUGUUAAGGUCCAAGUUGGAUUGACCCAAAAAGGCCAUCAGAUUGUGGGAUAUGUCAGCUGCACUCAUCUACAUGCCACAGCAGAGGACAGCCACAUCCGUCAGAGCCAGCUCAGUCAUAUAGUGGGUUGGAUCAGUGAGUUCCUGAGUGCAACAGGAUGCAAGGAUGAGAAGGUUGUGUUUGACGUUCUUUGUGGGGAUUUCAACUUCGAUAACUGCUCACUGGAGGAUCAUUUGGAACAGCAGCAUCAGAUCCUCAAAAUGUAUAAAGAUCCUUGCUGCAUUGCACCGGGUAAAGAGAAGCCUGGGGUCGUAGGUACUCUGUUAGAACAAGGAACGAUGUAUGAAGAGCCAGUAAUCAGCCCUGAGAAUUUGCAGCGGGCCUUGGAAAUCGAUGAGUUGAGGAAACAAUACCUGGCAUUCCCUGUUAACUCUGUUAUUGACACUGCCGAAAGCCCAGAGUCCUCAACUGUUGGAGGUGGGCGCAGGAUUGAUUACUUGCUGUAUCGGGAAGAUACUGUUGCAAAGGAAGUGACAACUGAAGUGGAGGAGUUCACUUUUAUUACCCAGCUGGCUGGGCUGACAGACCACCUUCCAAUCGGAAUGAGACUCUUCGUUUCCAUGGCAACAGAGGACAAUGAUGUGAUUUGUGAUGAUGAAGUUUGACCCCCAACCUCCCCCACCGCCCAAUAAGUGCCAAAAGCUUCAAGAGGUAUACAAAACAACCUUUUAAAAUGAUAUUUUUAAAUAUAUAAAUAAAAUCAUGACAUUGUAGUUCUGAACAGGCCAGGGACGUAUGUUUACAGCAUUUUGUGCUUGAGAUAAGAUGGUAAUUCUGGAGAAUGAACACUCUGAACAUUGAACAUUUGGAAUCAAGACCUGGAGAUCAGAUCCAGCAUAAAUCUCCUGUCUGCCAAACCCGAGACCUUGGCUUCAAGUCCAGUACUUUCUUAUGCUUUUCCCACACUUAUCUUCCUUGUGGUGGUUACAAAUCUAUUGCCAAACGAUUCAGUUCUGUGCUGCCGUCUGCCAGUUCCUUCAGUUUAAGACUCCACAGAGUCUGUUCCAUUUUACGUUUGUAAGCAAGGAAACUCUAACACUCUGAUCCAGAUUUGAACCGUGUUCCAGGGUUAGUUGUUGAUUCGGGUUGGAUGCAUUUCAGAAGGUUUCAUUAUAUGACCGAGUCUUCACUCCCCUCAUCAAUGUUUUCACAAUGAAAAAAUGAAAAUUAAAGAAAAUUGUAGAAACAUCUUCUAAUUGCUGAGUUUUACUCCUGGGUUUUCCUUGGUAUCCAGGAGAUUUAUCUCAAUAUCCCAAAGAUAUUAAGGGUAGUGGUGGACAGGUAUUACUCUAGCUGGGGAUCUGUGACCUGUGUGAUAUAUUUUAUACGACUUGGAUGAAAAUACUUGGAUGAAAAUGUAGAUGGGUGGGUUAGUAAGAUUGCCGAUAACACAAAGAUUGAUGGAGGUGUUGGCAGUGUAGAGAGUUGUCAAAGGAUACAGCAGAAUAUAGAUCAGUUACAGAUAUGGGUGGAGAAAUGCUUAAUCUCACCAAGUGUGAGGUGUUGCAUUCUUGGGAGGUCAAAUGUAGAGGGAAAGUAUACAGUUAAUGGCAGGACCCUUAAAAGUGCUGAUGUACGGAGGGAUCUUGGGGUUCAAGUCCAUAGUUCCCUGAAAGUGGACAUGCAAGUAGAUAGGGUAGUAAAGAAGGCGUAUGGUAUGGUAUGCUUGCCUUCAUUGGUUGGGGCAUUGAGUACAAGAAGAAGUCAUAUUGCAGCUGUACAAAAGUUUGAUUAGGCCACACUUAAGAGUAUUGUGUGCUUUUCUGGUUGCCCCAUUACAGGAAGGAUGUGGAAGCUUUGGAAAGUGUGGAAAAGGAUGCUGCCUGGAUUAGAGGGUAUGAGAGGUUGGACAAACAGGUUGUUUUCUCUGGAGUGUUGGAGGCUGAGGGGAGACGUGAUAGAAGUUUAUAAAAUGAUGAGAGGCAAUCUUUUUUUCUUAGGGUAGAAAUGUCAGGUAUUAGAGAGUGUGCAUUUAAGGUGGGGGACUAGUUUAAAGGAGAUGUGUGGGGUGUUUUUUUUUGCACAGUGGUCGGGGCCCGGGGUGGUGGUGGAAGCAGACACAAUGGUGGCAUUUAAGAAGCUGUUAAUCGAUACAUGAAUAUACAGAGAGUGAAGGGAUAUGGAUCAUGUGUGGGCAGAAGAGAUUUAGUUUAAUUUGGCACCAUGUUCAGUGCAGACAUCGUGGGCUGAAGGGCCUGUUCUGUGCUGCACAGUUCUGUGUUUUAUGUUCUAAAGAUCCCCACCUUGUGGUGAGAGGCUGCUGUUACUGCUUCACCUGUGAAUCUGAGGGUGUCAUUUAUUGCAUCCGGUGCUCCCAGUGCGGCCUCCCCUACAUCGGUGAGACCCGAUGCAGAUUGGGUGGCUGCUUUAUUGAGCACCUUAGCUCCGUCUGCCGCAACAUCCAGGAUCUCCCGGUGGCCACCCACUUCAAUUCCACAUCCCACUCCCAUACUGACAUGUCUAUCCACGGCCCCUUCUACUGCCACUUUGAGGUCAGACGCAGGUUGGAGGAACAUCUAUUCUGCCUUGGGAGUCCCCAACUUGACAGCCUCAACGUCGAUUUCUCUAACUUCUGGUAACUCCUCCCCCCACCCCCACCUUUGUUUUCCAACAUUCCUGUGGACCCCUCACCCCUUCUUUCCCCUCCCCCACCCUCAUGACCUGCCCACUACCUCCAUCCUAUUCCCCACCUCCUUCCCUUUAUUCCAUGGUCUACUGCCCUUUCCUCCCAGAAUCCUCCUUCAGCCCUUUGCCUCUUCCACCCAUCACCUCUCAGCUUCCCACAUUCCCCCCUCCCCCACCCACCUACCUUCCCCUUCUCACCUGGACUCACCUAUCACCUGCCACCCUGUGCUCCUCCCUCUCACCCUACCUUUUUAUCCUGGCUUCUACCCUCUUCCUUUCCAGUCCCAAUGAAGGUUCUCGACCCAAAACGUUGACUGUUUAUUUCCCUCCAUAGAUGCUAUCUGACCUGCUGAGUUCCUCCAGCACUUUGUGUGUUGCUCCAGCUUCCAGCAUCUGCAGAAUCUCUUGUGUCCCUUGGUCUGGGAAAAUUGGGUGUCACAGGCAGUGGUACUUCAACCCCAGCUAUUCACAAUUCAGUGAUUUGACUGACAGGAUCAAAUCUCAGGCUUCUAAAUUUUCUGAUGAGACAAAUCGACGUGAGUGGGGAGGAGAAUGCAAAAAUGCUUCAUGAGGAUGUAGAUGAGCUCAGUGAUUGGGUGAGAGUAUGGCAGAUGCAAUAAAAUGUGAACUUACCCACUUUGGUGCAGAAAACAGAAAGGCAGUGUAUUUAUUAAAUAGAGACUGGAUCACGUUGAUGCUCAAAGGACCUGGAGUCUGACAUCGGUGGUGGGAAAGUUAUCGGAAUCGAUCCUCAAGGAUGAGGUUAUGGAAUACCUAGAGGUCCAGGGCAAGAUAGGCCCAAGCCAGCAUGGUUUCGUGAAGGGAAGAUCCUGCCUGACCAACUUAUUGGAGGUUUUUGAGGAAAUCUCAGGUAGGGUGGAUAAGGGAGAGGCUGUGGAUGUUGUGUAUUUCGACUUUCAAAAGGCGUUCGACAAGGUGCUGCACAAGAGACUGAUUAAUAAGAUGAGAGCUCAUGGAAUUACAGGUAGGAUAACAGAAUGGGUGGAGCAUUGGCUGGUUGGCAGAAAGCAAAGGGUGGAAAUAAAGGGAUCCUGUUCUGGUUGGCUACCGGUUACUAGUGGUGUUCCGCAGGGGUCGGUGUUGGGGCCGCUUCUUUUUACCUUGUACGUUAACGAUUUGGAUGAUGGAGUAAAUGGUUUUGUUGCUAAGUUUGCGGAUGACACCAAGAUAGGUGGAGGAGUAGAGAGUAUUGAGGAGACAGGAAGGUUGCAGAGAGACCUAGAUAGUUUAGGAGAAUGGGCAAGGAAAUGGCAGAUGAGAUUCAAUGUUGAGAAAUGUGCCAUUGUACACUUUGGAAACAGAAAUAAAUGGGCAGAUUAUUAUCUAGAAGGAGAGAAAAUUCAAAGUACAGUACAAAGGGACUUGGGGGUACUCGUGCAGGAUACCUUAAAGGUUAACCACCAGGUCGGAUUGGCAGUAAGGAAAGCGCUUGCUAUGUUGGCAUUCAUUUCGAGAGGUAUAGUGUAUAAAAGUAGGGAAGUGUUGAUGAGGCUCUACGGGGCACUAGUGAGGCCUAAUUUGGAAUACUGUGCGCAGUUUUGGGCCCCUUAGGAAGGAUGUACUGAUGGAGAGGGUUCAGAGGAGAUUUACGAGGCUGAUUCCCGGAAUGAAAGAGCUUAAAUAUGAUGAGCAUUUGUCGGCUCUUGGACUGUACUCACUGGAGUACAGAAGAAUGAGAGGGGACCUCAUAGAAACAUUUAGAAUGUUGAAAGGACUAGACGGAGUAGAUGUGACUGGGCUGUUUCCCUUGGUGGGUGAGUCCAGGACUGAAGGGUACAGUCUUAAAAUUAGAGGGUACCGGUUUAAAACAGUGAUGAGGAGAAAUUUCUUUAGCCAGAGGGUGGUGAAUUUAUGGAAUGCUUUGCCACAUACAGCAGUGGAGGGCAGAUCAUUGGAGGCAUUUAAGGAGGAGAUAGAUAGGUAUCUAAUUAUUCAAGGUAUCAAGGGAUAUGGGGAUAAGGCCAGAAAUUAGGGCUAGAAAGGAAUAGUUUCUUUUUUUUCUUUUUUCUUUAGCUCAUGGAGCAGACUCGAUGGGCCAAAUGGCCUACUUCUGCCCCCUCGUCUUGUGAUCUUGUGAUCCUGAAACACAAGUCACUGAAAGUCAACGUGUUGGUGCAUGUUACAAUGAGGAAGGCAAAUGGUAUGUUGGCCUUUAUUAGCAGUGCAUUUGAGUAUGAGUAGUUAUACAGAUAGCAUCUACAGUCUGUGUAUGUUUUGAUCUCUGUACCUAAAAAUGGAUAUACUUGGAGUGCAGCAAUGACUGGUUCCUGGGAUGGCGGGUCUGCUGUGAGGAGUGACUGAAUAGACUAGGCCUGUAUUCACAACAGUUUGGAGAAUGAGAGGAAAUCUCACCGAAGCUCACAGAUUCUUACUGGGUUCAGCAAAACGUUUCACCUGGCUGAAGAGCUCAGAACCAGGUGUCACAACCUCAGAAUAAAGGAUUGUCUAUUUAGGACUGGGAUGGGGAGAAACUUCUUCAGAGGAUGGUGGCUCUUUGGAAUUCCCUACCUUAGUGCUGUGCAAGGUCAAUCAUCGAGUUCAUUUAGAAAACAGUUGAUGGGAUUCUGGAAAUGAAGCAAAUCAAAGAGUAUAUGACUAUUACAGGAAAUGUUGCUGAAGCAGAUCAGAUGUGAGCUUGAUGAAUGGCAGAGCAGGCUCGAGGGGCCAGAUGGCCACCUCCUGCUCCUCCUCCUGUUGUGUUCAUGUAGUUUUAUGUUAUAUCCUCUGAUUGUGCUCACCCUUUUCUAAUUGUCACAUAAUUCAUGGAGAUGUCUUUGCAAGCUCUUGCAAUCAAACUUUCCAAUCCAGUACCUUCAAAGUCCAUUGCUUAAGGGUUAUUUAGCAUUCACUUUCUUCAUGAAUGUCAAAUAGCAAUGAAUAAAUUUCAGAACACUGA